AUGACAGACUCACCUUCCGACACACACUCACCUUCCGACACAGACUCACCUUCCGACACAGACCCACCUUCCGACACAGACUCACCUUCCGACACAGACUCACCUUCCGACACACACUCACCUUCCGACACAGACUCACCUUCCGACACAGACUCUCCUUCCGACACAGACUCACCUUCCGACACAGACUCUCCUUCCGACACAGACUCACCUUCCGACACAGACUCACCUUCCGACACAGACUCCCCUUCCGACACACACUCACCUUCAGACACACAUUCACCUUCCGACACAGACUCACCUUCCGACACAGACUCACCUUCCGACACAGACUCUCCUUCCAACACAGACUCACCUUCCGACACAGACUCUCCUUCCGACACAGACUCACCUUCCGACACAGACUCUCCUUCCGACACAGACUCACCUUCCGACACAGACUCGCCUUCCGACACAGACUCACCUUCCGGCACAGACUCACCUUCCGACACAGACUCACCUUCCGACACAGACUCUCCUUCCGACACAGACUCACCUUCCGACACAGACUCACCUUCCGACACACACUCACCUUCCGACACACACUCACCUUCCGACACAGACUCACCUUCCGACACAGACUCACCUUCAGACACAGACUCUCCUUCCGACACAGAUUCACCUUCCGACACAGACUCACCUUCCGACACAGACUCACCUUCUGCCACAGACUCACCUUCCGACACAGAUUCACCUUCCGACACACACUCACCUUCCGACACACACUCACCUUCCGACACAGACUCACCUUCCGACACAGACUCACCUUCCGACACACACUCACCUUCCGACACACACUCACCUUCCGACACAGACUCACCUUCCGACACAGACUCACCUUCUGCCACAGACUCACCUUCCGACACAGAUUCACCUUCCGACACACACUCACCUUCCGACACACACUCACCUUCCGACACAGACUCACCUUCCGACACAGACUCACCUUCCGACACACACUCACCUUCCGACACACACUCACCUUCCGACACAGACUCACCUUGUGAUGAAAUAGAGACAGAGAAGUCAAGAGAUUGUGAAGUCAAGUCACCGGGUCAUUCCGCACUCUGGAGUACUCUGACAACACCUACAGUGCCGUUAUAUCCUUGUGGUGCUUUUGAGAUUGAAAGUAGACGACCUCCUUCCUUGCAGCUCGAGUUCUGCAAUUUUGAUGUCGUAGGCUGUCGAGUAGGGUCAGGAUGGGUGCCGGGUGGAAAGGCCGUACCUGAGGAGAGUUUGCCAUCAAGGUACGUGUGA